GUUGUAUACGGAGGAAUGAAGUACCGAAUCUUCAGGAACGUGUGAAGACGAGUGUUGGUUGUUUUCCCAUAACUUUCUUCUUCACCACAUAUUUUUUUCUCCGACGGAGGGCUAAGGGCUGCUCUUAAUUGUUCUUGAGACUCUAGCUCGGGCUUGACUUCCCUUUUCCAUCAAUUUGAUCUGCUGCCUGUUCCCUGGUUCUGUCUGUUAGAAGUGAUGGUUUUGAAAAUUAAGGCGAAAUAAUUUGGAACACAAAGCAAAGAAUAUUUCGUCAUCAUGGAUAAACCUCAAAUCAUUCUACACAUUCAAAAACCUGUCAACUACACUGUUUUUGAUGCCAAGUGGAUUCCUUGCAGUGCCAAAUUUGUUGCUCUUGGAAACUAUGCAAGAGGUACAGGCGCGCUGCAAAUCUAUGAAGUGUCACAGGGUGAUGUCAAAAUCGUAAAAGAUGUAGAAAAGUCGAAAGCUUUCAAGUGUGGAACAUUUGCUGCCUCAAGUUUACAGAACAGACAUUUGGCCACUGGAGAUUUCUCCGGCAAGUUGCAGAUAUGGAACCUUGAGUCCCUUGAGCUCCCGGUGUAUUCGGCCCAGGGCCACAAAGAGAUCAUCAACUGCAUCGAUGGAGUCGGAGGUCUGGGUAUUGGAGAGGGAGCCCCUGAGCUGGUCACUGGCAGUCGGGACGGAACUGUCAAAGUGUGGGACCCCAGGCAGAAGAACGAUCCGGUAGCGACGAUGGAGCCGGGAGAAGGGGAGACAAAAAGAGACUGUUGGACCGUGGCGUUUGGCGACUCGUUCUCCGCGGAGGACAGAUGUGUUGCUGCGGGGUAUGACAACGGAGACAUCAAGUUGUUCGACCUGAGAAAUAUGGCGCUGAAAUGGGAGACCAAUGUGAAAAAUGGGGUGUGCUGCUUGGAAUUUGACAGAAAAGAUAUUGCCAUGAACAAACUGGCUGCCGCUACGCUCGAGGCAAAGUUCCACGUGUUUGACAUGAGGACACAACAUCCAACCAAAGGUUUUGCAAAUGUCUCCGAAAAAGCACACAAGUCCACAGUCUGGCUGACCCGACAUUUACCUCAGAACAGAGACGUGUUCAUGACCUGUGGUGGCAACGGAUCUCUCAACUUGUGGAAAUACUCGUAUCCAUCGGCUCGGUCCAAGAAAGACCCGGAGGGUGUGGAGAUGGGCGUGGCUGGCACGGUGGACCUGCUCCAGAACGUGGUGAUGUCCACACAGCCCGUCAGCAGCUUUGACUGGAGCCCCGACAAGAUGGGGCUGUCCGUGUGCACGUCUUUCGACCAGACCAUCCGCGUGCUCAUCUCCACCAAGCUCAACACUUUGUGAUGGUCGUCGGGGAUUUGUUUUUUGGGUCUUGUUGUGAGGAUGUGUGUGAUUAUGUGUAUGUGUGUCAGUUGUGAGACAGGCUUUGUUGUUUGUCUUGUUGAAAGGAUGUGUGUGAUUAUGUGUAUAUGUGUGUCUGUUGUGAGACAGAUAGGCUUUGUUGUUUGUGUCUUAUUAAGAAGAGGGUGUAUGUUUGGUUGUUAACAGUUAGAUGCUCUCAGUAGCACGCAGGAUAAUCAAGUUCGAUGCUCGAAAAAAGAGUGUGUGUAACUGUGUAUGUGUCUGUUGUGAGACAGAUAGAAGGCCUCUAUAUUAAUAAAUUAUUAUUAGACAUA